AUGGCGGCCUUUGAGCAGGACGGCUUCUUUAUGUUCGACAGCUUUCUGAGGCCCACACACCUUGAGGAGCUGCGCGAUGCCUUCGACGAGCGCAUGAAAGCACCUCUUGCCGACGACUGCGAGGUAGACUUGGGCGUGAACUGGGCCAGCCCCGACGCCGAGCCUUUCCUCCGAGCACUGAGAGACGAGAGGCUUCUUGACUUCCUGGCCCAGCUCUGUGGUCCGAACUUUGUGGCCAUGCGCCUGGAGCUCUUCGAGAAAAGGCCGGGAUCCUUGAACUUGAUUCCAUGGCAUCAGGACACUUACACCACGCACGUGGGCUUUAGCUGGGACGAUGCGACUGCCAGCGCAGGGCAACGCCCGCAUCCGGUGACAUUGUGGGUGGCUCUGGACACUGCCAGCUCUGAAACGGGAGGUAUGGAGAUGGUUCCCGGGCGCCACCGCGAGCUCCUGGGAGCAGCCGUGCCCCAACUGGCGAUCCUUGAUGCAGCUGCUCACGGACAUGCUGUCGAGUACAAACUCCUUCCCGGCCAAGCUGGCGUGCACCAUCCCCUGACGCCCCAUCGGUCGAUGCCAAACACCAGUACCCACCGGAGGCGAGCUUUCCUGGUGCGUUUCGUCCCCUGGUCUGAUGCCGUGGCCGCCACGUGUGACACUGCGGCCUCCGAUCUGGCGUGGUUGUCCGAGCCCAGCUGCAAAUAUUGCUGGAGGCCGGCGAAUGCGGCCGCUGUGGCUCCCGGCCGCGCCCUGAACCGACUCCUCGUCUGCAGCUCGAAAGAGCUCCCGGGAGGACCAUCAUAG